AUGCUACAAUCGGUGAGCGUUCAUCUGAUGGACGAGCGACGUCUAUCGCGUCUCACAUAUGAUGAUCGCCGAGGUUCGCGAUUAUCGCGUGGAACCACCCUCGCUGACGUCGUCGUCACUUCGCAGCAUCUCUGUCCUCCACAAUGGUAUAGCGUCGGAAUUGUAAACGAUUUUCAACCAUCCUUGAUCGUUCCUGCUGACAAUCCAAUUGGAUGGGCAGUGUUCAAUCCUCUGCCCACACCUGUUCAGAGAACGCGUAAUCGCACCACAGGUAUGACUAAGAAGCUAACACAACUGUUUUUCUUUUAA